UUUUACGCUUGGAGCGUCCGCAUCGCAUUCUCUCGAUCCAUUUCGAAUAUAUACGCAACUAUUAUGUACUAUUUCUAUGCAGAGUGUGAGAGACAGGUUUUUUUUCUUUGUCGUACAGCCCAUACAACACUAUGGCUACGCUUGCUGUUUAUCAGUUGCAUGAGACCGUUCAAAUCGUGCGGAUGCAUGGAUUUUUUUCGACUCGUCGACUGAAACACACAGAGACCAUUCCUUAGUUAGUUUGGUUUUGUUGUUAUUUGUCCAAUAAAAGUGCUAUGAAAUAAGGGAGAAUCAUUUUGUGAAAAAAAGAAUUGUCAUUUGUGAGUUGUUUGCCAAACAAAACAGUUCAAUUUUGUUGAGAUUUCGGAUUUGGAAAUAUUGUGUUGACAACAUUUAUUAUUUUGUUUGCUGUAUUUUACUUAUAAUAUUAUUAUCUAAUUGCAUCGCGUGUAUUUUGUAUCAAUAAUAACACAGAAAUGGUUUGCGUUGCGUGUGCCUCGUAUUUACUGAUAAAGUAUUAAACUUUAAUUGGUUUACAAAGUGAGAUAUGGUAGAGAUUAAUGGAAAAAACGUUCAAUCGAAAAAUUGCAAUCUUAAGCCAUGAGUAAACAAGUACAAAUCAUCGUAAAUUCACGAUAUAUAAAUAUAUAUAUAUAUGUAUACACACAUUGAGGAAAAAGUGGAAUUAAUCUGAAUUGUAGGCUGUAUACAACGAUCGGUCUAAAAAGAUUUUGUCUAAAAAUAACCAAUUGAUAGAACAAGCAAAGUCGCACACACACGACACUCAAUUAAAGACGAGCAUUCAGUACAAACACAAGCGUCCUCCACCUCUAUCCGGAGCUAUUUCAAUUAAAAGAAUUCGACUCACUGCAAUCUCAAAGGGCUUUAUCUGAUCGACGACGACGACGACACAAUACACAGUGAACAGACAACCAAUUUUCCAUCGGUUAUCUCCAACCAUCAAGUGACAUUCAAUUGAAAGUAAAAUAAGUUUUAAACACGCACAAAAUACGCCUAUUGUGAAACAUUUAUUGUUAUUCAAAUUCCGUUGGUUAAACAAGUGAGAGAAAAAGUAGAAAAAAAAGAAGCAAAAUAAUUGAUCGAUCAUCGGUAGCAGUCAUAAAUGUCAAUUGAUGUAAAUGAAUGUGCCAUUCAAUAAUAAUUUCAUUAGACAAUCAAUUUUCGACGUAAAUUGAAAGCGAAAACAACUAACCAAAAUCAAUCGAAACAGUACAACAACAAAACAACAAAACAACAACAUAAUCUACAUCUGUCAAAAAAUAGUAUCGCAUACAUCGACACGAGUCGAUCGGAAUUUGUGUGUUUGUCUGUGAAUUGGCUACUCAAAUGCGGUUAAAUACGGUAUUUUCGUUUCAGUUAACACAACGAUGUGGUUUAACGUGUGGUUUAUUACACGAAAUGGACAUUUGAUUUGAUUUACGUGUGCGUCCCAAUUCUCAAGUCAACACUCAAAUAGAAUGAUAAUGUUCAAGUGAUAUUGUAUUUAAUUGAAAAAAACUCAAGACUAUUUUCACAAACACAUACACGCAAAAACAACGACACACAACAUUAACACACCGACAUCGCGAUUGAUUGGUAAUCAUGGCAAGCGGAUCAAUGUACCUGAUUGGAAUACUAGUGAUAUGUUUAAUGACAUCAACGGCGGCUCGAACGUUUGAGGAGAAUGUGCUGAUAACGAGUACACCGGUGCCUGAGAAGACGGCUGUUGAACCGCAACAGCCGAAUAGUACGUGCUUUUAUGCUGAACCUGAACUCUGCCAGCAAUUCAAUGAAAGUGAACCGUGCAAAGAAUGUAUGCCACAUCCUGUGUACACAAACUCCCUAGUUUGCUGUAAUGUCACCGAUCUCGAGCGAUCCAUUUCGUGUGUAGAGAAUCUAAAUGGUGAUAAUAAAACCGUUUGGAUGAAUAUACACGUUCGAAAUGCCACCCUGGACGAAUUGAAUAUUUCAUUGAAUUCAUGGAAAUUACUCGAUUCAUUGGCCAUUACCGAUGGAAGAGUGAAUCGAAUUGUUAAAGAGUUUCCGAAAUUUUCACAACCAAAAUGCUUGAAUAUGUCGAACAAUAAUUUGCAUAGCAUACAGAAUAUGCGAGCAUUGAAGGACUUGACGAGACUUCAAGUUUUGGAUUUAUCAUAUAAUAAUCUCACGACCAUACCCAAUUUGAACAAUCUCAACCUUGCGCUGGACGUUCGCGGCAACAAUGGAAUGCUCUGCAAAUCGGUAUUGGAAUCCAUUGAACGGGGCAAUGUUACAUUCAUCGAAGCUGACUCCACUUCUUGUUUAAUGAAUCAAACGUUUCAAUGGUUUAAUUCGACCGAUUUACUCCCGAUCCGUCAAUUGGAAAAAAUGAAGCAGUUGAACAACGAUUGCCCAUCGAUUCCCGGCAAGGGGAAUUGUUCAUGUAUACCCGAACGAAUGACCUAUGAUGGAGAAAACAAUUUAGUUUUUGCAGCCAAAGUCGAUUGCUCGAAUUUAGGCCUAACGAGCUUACCAGAACUUCUACCGGGCAAAACAUUUUCAUUGAAUGUUACGAACAAUAGUAUUACCAGUUUAUCUGUAAUGGUAGAGAAUCACUCGUACAAUCAUUUGCUACGAUUAUUUGCUGACGAUAAUGAAGUCGAGUCAUUGCUAGAAAUAGAAGGAACUGAAUUUAUCCAGAAUUUUGACAGUUUACAUCUGCGACGAAAUAAAUUAAAAUCGAUACCAUAUUAUUUACUCGACCGGAAUCCAGAGGGACGGAAUAUUUUUCUCGAAGGAAACCGUGUGUAUUGUGACUGUAACUCUGCAAAAGUAUUGAAGAUCUGGUUGCUGGCGAAACAGAACCAAAUCCCCGACGCUGACAAAGUGUACUGCGACAAUAUGCCAAAGAAAGUGUUAGAUUUAUCGGAAACGAAAAUGUGCCAGUCACCGCACGAUUGGACCGACUAUAUUUACUAUUUGAUAGCGGCUGAAGUAUUUCUGCUGCUAACGAUAAUAGCAAAAGUCUCGUAUGACUAUUACGUGUUCAAGACGGCUGGGUAUCUACCAUGGCCAGCGUCACAAAUGCCUAAACUACCCUGCGAUUGGCUAUGCGAAACGUGAUCUAUUUAGUGCCAUAGACAAAACUAUAAAUCAUAAAUGCCAUGAGAAAGCCUUUAUAUUCUAGUGUUUAAAUGCACAUUUUUUUUUUUAGAUUUUUAUGUGUAUUUCUGAUGACCAAAAUUUGAUGUGUAACAAUAAGCUAAGUCAUUUGUGUGUAGAAUGUAGAAUGUGAUUGUUUCACUCUCCGAAGUGUGUUUUCCAUGAAAAGUCAAACGGUUGUCAUAUGCUUUUUUUUUAUUGUAAAAUAUACGCAAUUUUAUUAAAACUCAAUGUAAAUUAA